CCAUUUGUCUGUCUGUGCGACGCAUGCGUACGACAACUCUCGCUGUGUUCCUCUCAUCCGAGCGCUCUUCCGAACGCCUGUCGACCGAAACGCCGCCGAAAGCGACUCGACGUCAGCUCUGCGUCCGUGUCGUUCAUCGCGUCGUCCGCCGCGUCGUCCGGACGUCGCAGUCGUCGCCCAUCGCGUCGUCGCCACUGAGAGGCACACCCUUUGAGGCGAAAUGCAAAACAAUCCCAACAAUCAGUGUCUCAUAAUCGCCACCAAAUCGCUGCCCAUCGCCGCCCCCGCGCCCCGACGCACGCCCACUGCCCGCCGCACCCCCGCCGCCGCCGCCGACGCCAAUCUCAUGUCGUGUCUCGAGUGCGGCCGACAUUUCGUGUCUCUCGCGAAGUUGCGGUCGCACGAGAAGACGCACUCCAAGUCGCGGCCCUUCAAGUGCAUCGAUUGCGGCAAAACAUUCACCGUUCGCUAUUCACUCAUAUGUCACACGAGAACUCACACUCGCGAGCGUCCGUAUCAGUGCUCGUCGUGCGGCUCGCGCUUCACUCAGGCCUCGAGUCUCAAAACGCAUCAAAUCUAUAAACACACGAAACAAUUCCCGUAUGCGUGCAAACAAUGCGGACGCGGAUUCAUAUCUCCCGGACAACGACACGAACACGUGUCGCGCACUCAUCUCAAGGCCAACGCCGCGGCCGCGGGGGUCGGAGGAGGCGGCGCCCGCAAACCCCGCGCCCACAAGUCGGCGGCCGUCGCGCUGGACGGCGGCCCAUCCGCGUCUGCGCCCGCGAUCACGAUGUCGUCGGCCGUCGCGUGCCAAACGGCCGUCUCUUUACCGCCUCUUCUCUAAUGUCUAGUCUUUUCCGAAGAUUUUUAUUUAAAUUUCAGUCAUUUUUUCGUUUGAUUUUGUUUUUAGUUUCAAAUCAUUUAUCAAUAAAAAAGUCAUUCAUUUCUAUA